AGCAAGCAAGGAUCAAGCCGAAUAUGGCCACAGCAGAGUACUCUAACGAACAACUCAACUACUUUAAGCUUUGCCAUAUCAUCACUGAUGAAGUUGCCGGGAGUCUGCGACUAUUCUUCAAAAAGAGGUGGAAUCGACUUUACAAAAGAAAAUUUGGAGAAUGGAAGGACUUGCAAAAAAAUGGACGGGACUUUCGGAAACGUGAACAUCCAAACAACCGUAAGAGACAUGCAAAAGAACUGGAAAUCAUAGUUAACGGAAAUACAGCUGAGUGGGAUUGCACCAAGUUGUUCUAUGCUAUCCGUUAUUCUGAUUGUAUCGGUUGGUCCCUCAAGCCCGAUCGUGUAGAAGCACUGGAGAAACUAAGAAAGGCUCGUAAUAACUUUUAUGCGCACAUUCCACUCGGCAAGAUCGAAGGCACAAAGUUUAAAGAUAUCAUUCAACAAAUUAAAGAUGCCCUCCAAGCUAUUGGUCUCUCCAGGAAGCGAAUUCAAAUGGUUUGUAAUCAGGAGAGUUUCCCCACCGAGGAACUGAACAAUGUGUUAAAAAAGGUUGAGGUACUCGAAGCUCAGCUUCGCAAAGAAAUUUCGUCCUUUUGCGUCCUUCCGCCUAAACCUUCACACGAAGUUGCAGAUCGUGAUCGCGAGGUGGCUGAAAUUGCAAAACAGUUGAAAGAGCUCAAAAAGGCCAACGAGAACAGAUUGAGCUACUUGUACAUUUCUGGAAACCCUGGAAGUGGCAAAUCU